AUCUCCACCAUCUCUCUCUCUCUCUCUCUCUCUCUCUCUCUCGCUCGCUCUCGCGCGCACGCGCUCGCACACACGAUCGCCGAGAUGCUCCCCGCGGUGGCGCGCGGCGCCGCGAAGCGCCUCCUCGGGAUCCGCGCCCUCCUACGCCCGUCUCCUCCGAUCGCCGCCGCCUCCGCUUCCAGAUCCUUCUCCACCGCCCUAAACUACCACAUUGAUUCCCCGGACAAUAACCCUGACGUGCCAUGGGAGUUUAGUGAGGCCAACAAGGAAAAGGUCAAGGAAAUAUUGUCUCACUAUCCUUCCAACUAUAAGCAAUCUGCUGUUAUCCCACUAUUGGAUCUUGCACAGCAACAACAUGGUGGAUGGCUUCCAGUUGCUGCAAUGAAUGCGGUAGCUAAGGUCAUUGAAGUUGCUCCUAUUCGUGUAUACGAAGUUGCUACAUUUUACACUAUGUUCAACCGUACAAAGGUUGGUAAGUAUCACCUUCUGGUUUGUGGGACGACACCUUGUAUGAUUCGUGGAUCACGCGAAAUCGAAGAAGCGUUGCUUAAACACCUUGGAGUAAAGCGCAAUGAAGUAACAAAGGAUGGCUUGUUUUCUGUUGGGGAAAUGGAGUGCAUGGGUUGCUGUGUAAAUGCUCCAAUGAUUACUGUUGCUGACUACUCUAAAGGUUCGGAAGGGUACACAUAUAAUUACUACGAGGAUGUCACUCCUAAGCGAGUUGUCGAGAUUGUCGAGAUGUUGAGAAGGGGAGAAACUCCACCUGUCGGCACACAAAAUCCGGAUCGGAUCAGGAGCGGACCUGCCGGAGGGAACACAACUCUGCUCCGGGAGCCAAAACCUCCGCCAUGCAGGGAUCUUGAUGCCUGCUGAUUUUCAGAUGAACUAAGCAAUCAAUAAUAACUAUAAUUAAAAAAAAAAAAAACAACUCUCUUCACAAUCAAUAAUCAGUGACUUACUUGGUAUGAAACAUUGGAAGGCCCUUUGUUGUUUACACUUCACUGUAUCCUCUGCAUUGUUUUGAGCAGCAUAAGUUAUUCCAUUCAUUUUCGGAAUUGAUCUGUUUACCCAACCAUCAGUCUUAUUUAAAGAUGAUGAUUUUGUUAUCUUGGACGAACAUCAGUAUCUCUUCAACAUUGCCUGUCCUUUUAUCUUUUUAA